AUGUCCUCCGGCAUUCCAUAUUCCAUCCAAGAAGCAUAUAAACCGAUUGGAAACCCUCGCUGUGGUGAGGAGAGCAUCCAUUGCAACACAGUCGCCAUGGUCGGCCUCACCCCCCAGCACUAUGGCAACGCCAUAGCCCUCAUGACCUACCUCGCUUCCACAGCUCUGGCCGAUAACAAGUUCCCAGACUGCACCAGCGGCCCCCUAAGCAAACUCGCCGUCUGCGACACCUCCCGCGACGUCACCACACGCGCCCAGUCCCUCGUCGACGCCAUGUCCUUCGCGGAAAAAGUCAACAACACCCAGUACGAAGCCCCCGGCGUGCCGCGCCUAGGCCUCCCCGCCUACAACUGGUGGAGCGAGGCGCUGCACGGGGUCGCCGGGGCACCCGGCGUGCACUUCGCGGACAGCGGGCCCUUCAGCUACGCGACGUCGUUCGCGCAGCCCAUCCUCCUCGGCGCCUCGUUCGACGACGAGCUGGUCAAGCAGGUCGCCACGGUGGUGGGGACGGAAGGCCGAGCCUUCGGGAACGCCGGGCGCGCAGGACUCGAUUACUGGACGCCGAACAUCAACCCCUUCCGCGAUCCGCGCUGGGGGCGGGGACAGGAGACGCCCGGCGAAGACCCGCUGCAUGUCUCGCGGUACGUGUACCAUCUCGUCGACGGGCUGCAGGGCGGGAUUGGGCCGGCGCGGCCGCAGAUCGCGGCGACGUGCAAGCACUUCGCGGCGUAUGACAUGGAGGACUGGAACGGGGUGUCGCGGCACGAGUUCGAUGCGCGCGUGUCCACGCAGGACCUGGCGGAGUUCUACCUGCCGUCGUUCAAGAGCUGCGUCCGCGACGCGCAGGUCGACGCGGUCAUGUGCAGCUACAAUGCGCUGAACGGCGUGCCUACCUGUGCGGACCCGUAUCUGCUGCAGACUCUGCUCCGCGAGCACUGGGACUGGGACCAGCCCGGGCAUUGGGUUGUGUCGGACUGCGGCGCCAUCGACGACAUCUACAUCGGGCAUAACUACACGAAGACGGGUGCCGAGGCGGCAGCCGUGGCGCUCAACGCGGGCACGGACCUGGACUGUGGGACUGUGUUUCCCAAGCACCUGGGCGAGGCGGCAGAGCAGGGGCUGUAUACGAACCAGACCCUGGAUAGGGCGCUCGUCCGCUUGUACUCCUCCCUCGUCAAGCUGGGCUACUUCGAUCCCGCAGAGAAGCAACCGUACGGCUCCAUCGGCUGGAAGGACGUCGAUACCCCUGCGGCAGAGCAACUGGCGCACAAAGCGGCCGUCGAGGGCAUCGUCCUCCUCAAGAACGACCAAACCCUGCCGCUCAAGGCCAAAGGCACGCUUGCCCUGAUCGGACCCUACGCCAACGCCACCAAGCAAAUGCAGGGCAACUACCAGGGCCCACCCAAGUACAUCCGCACCCUCGAAUGGGCCGCCACCCAGCACGGCUACCAAGUCCAGUACUCCCCCGGCACGGCAAUCAACAACAGCAGCACCGCCGGCUUCGCGGCCGCGCUCGCGGCCGCCAAAGACGCCGACGUCGUGCUCUACGCCGGCGGCAUCGACAAUACCAUUGAAUCGGAGACCCUGGACCGCACCACCAUCACCUGGCCCGGAAACCAACUCUCCCUGAUCUCCGAGCUCUCCAACCUCCACAAACCGCUCAUCGUCAUCCAGUUCGGCGGCGGGCAGGUCGACGACACCCCGCUCCUCACCAACCCCCACGUCAACGCCCUGCUCUGGGCCGGCUAUCCAAGCCAGGAAGGAGGGGCCGCCAUCUUCGACAUCCUGACCGGCAAAGCCGCGCCGGCCGGCCGGCUGCCAAUCACCCAGUAUCCGGCCGCGUAUACCGCGCAGGUUCCGAUGACGGAGAUGGGGCUGCGCGCCGGUGGAGACAACCCGGGGCGCACGUACCGGUGGUACGACAAGGCGGUGGUGCCGUUCGGCUUCGGGCUGCACUAUACCUCAUUCGAAGUGAGCUGGGACCGCGGGAGACUGGGGCCGUAUAACACUGCGGCGUUGGUGAACCGUGCGCCUGGGGGGUCGCAUGUCGACCGAGCCUUGUUCGAUACGUUCCGCGUGCAGGUGCAGAACACAGGGACAGUGACGUCGGACUACGUGGCGCUGCUGUUCGUGAAGACCGAGGAUGCGGGUCCGGAGCCGUAUCCGCUCAAGACGCUGGUGGGAUAUACCCGGGUGCAACAGGUGAAGCCUGGUGAGCGACGGUCAGUCGAGAUUGAAGUGACGCUGGGGGCGAUGGCGCGCACGGCCGCGAAUGGUGAUUUGGUGCUGUAUCCGGGGAAGUAUACGCUGCAGGUGGAUGUGGGAGAGAGGGGGUAUCCUACGGCUCGCGUUUCGGUUCAUGGGAAGGAGGUGGUUUUGGAUCAUUUUCCGCAACCUCCAGAGGGGCGGUGA